UUACGUAGUGUUUCGUAGCCGUUUUGACGGUAUGUGGAAAGUAGCAAUGUCGGAGGAGGUUGGGAAGGCGGUCCAGUCGGUGCUGGAGCGGGUGAAGCAGGCGGCGGCGCGGCGGCCCAAGACGCUCCCCGCUGUGGUGCCCCGCCUUGUAGCUGUCAGCAAGACCAAACCCCCAGACAUGAUUGUGGAGGCCUACAGGCAAGGACAGCGCAACUUUGGAGAGAACUAUGUUAAUGAGCUCGUGGACAAAGCGUCAGAUCCACUGAUUUUAGAGUCAUGCCCAGAAAUCAAGUGGCAUUUCAUCGGCCACCUACAGAAGAACAACGUCAACAAGUUGCUGGGCGUCCCUAACCUUUUCCUCGUGGAGACCAUCGACUCCCCGAAGCUGGCCGACAAGGUCAACACCUCGUGGCAGCGUCUCCGAGGAGCGAGCAGCCAGAGGUUAAAGGUCAUGGUGCAGGUCAACACCAGUGGAGAGCAGAGCAAACAUGGCCUGCCGCCGGAGGACACGGUCAACACGGUUAAACACAUUGUGUCGCAGUGCUCCGCCCUGCAUUUCUCAGGACUCAUGACCAUCGGUCGCUACGGCUAUGACCUCACACUGGGGCCCAACCCUGACUUUCAGAUGCUGUUGAGUCGGCGGCAGGAGGUGUGUGAGGGCUUGAAGCUGCCCAUGGAGGAGGUGGAGCUCAGCAUGGGCAUGUCCACUGACUUUGAACAUGCGAUCGAAGUGGGCGCCACCAACGUGCGAGUCGGCAGCAUCAUCUUCGGCAACAGGGAGUACCCCAACAGUGCGCUGAACACCCCCAAUCCCACUCCAAAUCCCAGUCCCCUUCCCAGUCCGGCUCCGAGCCCCGAGAAAACAACCAAGACGGUGUCAGAAGAAGCUGCUAAGAAGAUGCACCAUCUCACCGUAUCUGAACACUAAAAGGAGAUUAUUAAAAACACCUCCAGGACAUUUGGGGGGGGGGGAACAAAAAAAAACAAAAAAAAAACUAACAUACAUUUGGAGUUAGGACUGCAGCCUUCUUACAUCGUUAUAUAAAAAAAAGUAGUCACAAAAUAAUAAACUUUCUUUCCCCUUUUAGAUUUUUCUAAUCAUUAAAUUAACAUUCAGUUAAGAACUAAAUGAGAUAAGAUGUCUUUUCCAUCUCUACCAGUUGUGUCUAGCAGCUGUUUCUAGCUUGGAGUGCUCUCACUUCCAACGUAAACAGUGACCACCAGUGGAUUCAAGCCAAUGAAAAACAGGAACUCAGAUGUAGUAAGAUUUUUUUGCGGCAGUGACUUAGAUGUCAGCAGUCAGUAUCUUCCAUGAAGUUGACAACGGUCCAGUAACAAUUAGUAGGCUCAAAUCUUCCACAACUCUCAAAUCAGAGAUUUUCUAGCUGUUUGAUUAAAUGCUAUUUAAACAUUUUUUUGCACCUCAUAUUUAAUGAGAUUGUUGCAUAGUUGGGUCACUAUUUAUUGAGAUAUGUAGCAUUAACAUCCAUAUGGAGCUAUAACAUAUGCACCAGGAGUUGUUGUGGCUCUUUAAAAAGCGGAUAUUCUGUACAUAUUAUUCAUUCCAGAAUAAGGCCUGUGGUCUUUUCUUUCUAAAUCUUACACUUUCAUUGUCCUCCAAGCUAUCAAAAAGUAACUGUUGCACAAUUGUUCUGACUCUUCAUGGUAGUUAUUCUUGACUCCCAAGUGAGAAUUUCUCUUGGAUUCCCUGAACUGGCAUGAUUGUUAGAUCUACCACUGGUAGGAUACUGACUGCUCACAGCUAGUCCACAUGACCUCACAUUUAGUACUGAUCUCUGUUUUUGUUUGUUUUUAGGAAAAUAUGUAACUGGUGUUAACACACUUUACACAUAUGGAAGCCUUUUACUUUCCAUUACGCUGAUACGGUUUAUUAAAAAGACACUGGCUUCAUGAAAUCCGUUUCUCUUGCGUUCUAAUAGGAAAUAAUUGAGCUGGUUCAUUGUUUUCUAUUUUUCCAACUGAACAAUGUGAGGUCAAAAGUUCCACUUGCUCCAAUGAACCGGUUUCCUUGUAAAACAAAGAUUUGAUUUAAUAAAUUGUUUAUCCCUUUAUAACAAUUACCGUGCAUUUGAUAUGGUUUCGUACAAUGUGCCAAAUGUCUCAGAUUUUAUUCUUGAUAUCGACAAAUCCGAGGGGAGGUUUUGUUUCUGUUCGGUGUGUGUGUGUGUGUGUGUGUGUAUGUGUGUGUGUUUGUGUCUGUUCAGUGGUGUGUUAUUCCAGAUGAGAGAAAGUGAAUCUAUGCAAAUGUUUGGUUUUCAAAGCUGCCAGCUGUGACGUUCAGCAGUUUCCUCUGAGGAAUGCAGUGUUUUCCUGUUCUCAUAUAAAAGUGUCAGUGGAAUAAAAAAUAACACACACACAAAAAAACUCUAAAAUAGGAGGUAAACUUGUGAUUAGACAUGUCCUUACUGUCAAUAAGGCAUUUCAGCUUCGUUUGGUUUGGUUUUUGAGGAGAGGCCAAAGCCAAGCAAUAAAUUUUACUGUUGAAAAUA